GCGCUCUGUUGCCAAAGCAUGUUCCGCAAAAUUGGCUGUGUAAGUUCAAAGUUCACAUUGUUUGGACUCUGUCCUUCUUUACACUUUGCCAACACAUUACCUCCACAGUUUCGCACAAACACAACAAAAAAGGAACCGUUAUCUUGGGUGCAAAGGGUUUGGAUAAGAAGGCAUGGUUAAGUUUAUAGUGUGGUGAAGAUCAGACAUAAUGUGGUUGUAGAGUUUGACGACUGGCUGCCAAGAUGAGCCUUACCGAGCAAAUCGAGGCGAUUUCGUCGACGUUGUUCGACGGGAAGUCACACCAACAACUGCUGGAGGAAUGGGAGAAUAUCGAGAAACGGACGGGCUGUCACGUCUGGAAUGGGGUUACAUUUGGAUUUUUCGUGCCGCAAUCCAAUCUGGAGGCUUUGAAAAGUUUUGAAGUACGUGAUGAUGAUGUGUUUAUCUUCACCUAUCCAAGAUCAGGUACCCAUUGGGUUAGCGAAAUAGUACAUUACAUUCUGAACGAUGGAAAGGGAGAUUUUGACCGCUCUUUCAUGGCCAACGUGCUGGAGACCACGCUUGCAGAAGACCCAAUUAGAAUGCAGAGUACCACACCUGGACACAUGGUUUGCGCAGCCAUGAAAUCACCAAGGUGCAUUAUAAGCCACUGCAUGGAGAGGUUCCGACCCCCUCAAGUCUUGACGAAGAAUGCCAAGGUGGUGUAUGUGGCCCGAAACCCAAAGGAUGUGCUCGUUUCUUGGUCCAAGAUCGUAUCAUUUUGGAGAUUUGACAAUGUGUUUUGGGCAUUUUGCAAUGGGAGAAUGAUGUUCGGAUCUUGGUUUGAUCACGUGCUUGGCUACUGGACACAACGGGGCAAUAAGAAUGUUCUCUUUCUGAAGUACGAAGAUAUCCAUAAGGAUCUCAGAGGGUCCAUUUGCAAACUCGCUCAGUUUGUUGGGAAGGAUCUGUCUGAUGACGUCAUCGAUGGUAUCCUGGAGCACGUGACGUUUGAUGGAAUGCAGACGACCUAUCGACGGAUUGAGGAUGAAUAUGGUGAGGAAGGCAAACGGAUGACCCGUUACCAGGGAACGGCAUACCUGAGGAAAGGGCGAGUUGGGGACUGGAAAAACUAUUUUACAGUGGCACAGAAUGCCAUCUUCGACGAGAUUUACGCACAGAGAAUGAAGGGCACCGGCUUGGAGUUUGACUUUGAGCUUUAAGAUCUUAAAUUUAAAGUUUAAACUCCGAGUGCUGAACAGGCUGAAAUCCAACCAUGCCAAUAAUGGCUUGUAAGAUUUUCUUAGACCUCAUAAAGGUAAAAAAAAAGAAAGAAUUUUUGUGUGACUGCAGGAAAGUUCAAAUACAGUGAAGAGACUAUUCUAUUUGGAUCUUAACAGAAACUCAGCAGAGUUGACAAUUUCGGAGUGAUUUGUGAUGGGAAAAUUAUUAGCUUCUCAAAUUAUGUAAAUCACUUGGGUAUUACACUGGAUCAAGGUUUAAAUUGUGGGAAUGUUGCCAAUUCUGUCAUCAAAAAGAAUGGUGCAAGAUUAAGUUUUUAUAUAGAUGAUCAAAUUGUUUAAAUGAGCGAUCUCGUAAAUUAUUAUGUUCUGCUCAGACUCAUAGCAUGUUAUUUUGAUUAUUGUUGCUCAUCCUGGUUUUCUGCCCCGUCUACUAAACUAAAAAAAAAGGUUGCAAAUAACUCACAAUAAGAUCGUACGUUUUAUUCUAAGCCUAGGUCCUAGAUCUCAUAUUGGACAAGUAGAAUUGAAUAGGUUGGGUUUUUUUUAAAUGUAAAUGAUCGUGUAAUACAGUUGAAAUUGAAUCAGAUUAAUUUUCAUAAUAUGGCACCAGAUUAUCUUUGUGAGAAUUUCAAAAGAGUUUCAAAUACGCAGUUAUUCUACGAGGAGUAGUACAACCAAUGUUGUUGUUCCCUGUAUAAGGGGGCCUGAAUGCAACACUUUCUUCUAUACUGGAGUACACUUUUGGAAUUCGCUUUCCAAUGAAGUAAAAAGUUGUAAUACUCUCCAAAUUUUUCAAAAAAGCAGCCAAAAUGUAUCAUACAAUUUUAAAUUUGUGGAUUAUUUUUCAAAAUCU